AUGGGGAAUUUCAGUGCCGAGGUCGAACUAAUAAGAGCCGAAGAAACGGUUGUCGGGAGGUACGGCACCAGAGAGCGAAACGAGCGAGGAGAUCAGCUGGUAACUCUGGCAGAAGCGGAACACCUGAAUAGUGGCAACACCUGGCUCAAACAGUUAACCAGAUGGAGGUGGACAUGGAUCGCGCCCGACGUGGCGACGAGGAACGUGCUCGACUUCAUCUUGUUCCAUAAAUGCCUCAUCACGUGA